GUCUGGCGUCCAAGCGUAACACACUUCUGUGCGCGCGCUUUAAGGACUGCGGCCCCUUCUAUUCGUCGCGCUUUGAGGACUGCGGCCCCAUCUAUUAUUAGCCUAUCUUUCGUCUGUCUCUCUCUAUAUGGGAGGCUUUCUCAGUAGCAGGACAAGCGGAAACUCAGAAGGCGUUGCAAUGGCUGUUUCAAAGGCAAAGGAGAUCGUCUCUUCCAACCCAGUUGUUGUUUUUAGCAAGACCUAUUGCCCAUACUGUGUGCAAGUGAAGCAGCUUCUGUCGAAUUUAGGAGCAAACUUCAAGGUCGUUGAGCUGGAUGUGGAGAGUGAUGGAAGUGACAUGCAGUCCGCCCUUGAGGAAUGGACAGGACAGUGGACCAUCCCCAAUGUAUUCAUUGGUGGCAAGCAUGUAGGCGGUUGCGACGCAUGCGUGGCCACGCACAAAAAGGGGGAGCUUGUGCCCAUGUUGACAAAGGUUGGUGCAGUCGCUGAAUAAAAGCUAAAGGAAAUACAUAAAUGGGAAAUGUAAAAACCCAUAUUAGGAGAUUGGAAAAGUGGCUGUAGUCUCUUGCUCCUUUAGCAUACUGUAGUGAGGUUUUCUUGCCAUGUUUUAAAUUCCUGUGUGGUUUUCUUUUAGAAUGAUAUUAAACUGCUGUGUAAUUGAAUGUAUAUGUUGUGUUUCUCCCUGUAUACCUUUGGCCUACCCAUUCUCUGUCUUGCGACGAUGGAUUUAAUAUCUGUAAUUGUAAUAAACUUAAGCAGCAUAGGUAACUUCUCAUAAAUUUUGGCUGAAAAACAUUACAGAAUUUUUUGCAUGUGCGUGUCAAUUUAGGGACAAAUCUGAAUAUGAAAACUGAAUGUUUAUUG